UUCAACAUAACCACAAAUUGAAUGUUUUUAAUUCAGUUGUAAUUCUGAGUUGAUUUUUACCAUUAUCCUUUUGAAAUAAACAAAUGUUAUUAUUUAUUCGCCUUUUUAAGAUGCAAAUGAAUGUGUCUUAGUAAUGCUAAACUUUCACUAAACUAACCUAACGAAAUGAAUCCUGGUAAAGAUAUUGGUUCACAAUCUGAAGAGGAGAAACCUUUGAUUUCUGUCAAUACAGCAGAGCUCUACUUUUUGAUACAAAAAUGGUUGUCAAAUGGUCCUUUACAAAAAACCACCCAAGUCCUCAUGAAGGAACUUGAAGAACAUAAUAUUUAUCAGAAAAGACUUGACUGGAUGGGAAAUGAACAUAACAGAUCCUUUGAAGAUAUGGAACAUCAAUUUCCUUUCAUUAGGCCCGAUUAUUUGCUCAAAAUAUGCAGUCACAUAGCAAAUACUUCAAGCAAAAACGCUUCUUCUCUCGCAAGUAAAAAUGUGAAGUCUAUGCUUAAGUUCAAGCCAAGAAAGCUCAGUGACAGUGAUCAUAAUUUCAAACAAUUAUCCACUAUAAUAACCAGACAUCAUGGUAUACCUGUGAGGGAUAAAAAUAUGAAAUCUAAUAUAGUAAAUAUUCUUAGAGGGAGAGAAAUAAUUGGUGCAAUACCUAGAAGUAAAUUUAUAAUGCCAAAAAUGUAUACAGCUCUACAAGUACAAAGAAGAACAUUGGGACAUCUGUCAGCAGUUUAUUGUUUAGUUUUUGAUUCUACUGGAAAAUAUAUUUUAACGGGCGCAGACGAUCUAUUGGUGAAACUCUGGUGUGCCAUCACCGGACGACUACUCAAAACCUUCAGGGGGGCUCAAUAUGAAAUUUCUGACAUUUCGGUUAACGUGGAAAACACCCUUUUAGCUGCAGGUUCCUUGGAUCAUAUAUUGAGGGUGUGGAGCUUACAAACUGGGGCACCAGUAGCUGUUUUGACGGGUCACACAGCAAUGAUAACUACAGUCAAUUUUUGUCAGUCCAGCUGUUGGAAUCUGAGAUAUUUGGUCAGUACCAGUUCGGACGGUGCUGUUGCCUUUUGGACAUAUUUCCAUGAGCCUAAUGGCAAAAUCACUUUCAAGACUAGUCCUACAAUGUAUCAAGAAAAAAUGCGUCCGGGUGGUGCCAAAAUGAUAUCGGCUGCCUUCAGUCCUGGGGGCUCGUUUUUGGCCACCGGUUCCGUGGACCACAACGUCAGGGUCUACUACAUGAAAGGGGACGAGGGUCCCCAGAGGAUAUUGGAGAGCGAACAACACACCGACAGGGUCGACUCUAUCGAGUGGGCUCAUUCGGGUAUACGCUUCAUUUCCGGAAGUAAAGAUGGCAGCGCUAUCGUGUGGUACUUCGAAGAUCAGCAGUGGAAGCACAUUUUUAUACACAUGAGUACGAGAUUGGACGGAUCGCUUCCGGUAGAAGACGCAAAGAAGCUGAAGGUGACAAUGGUGGCAUGGGACAUAACCGACGAGCUCUUCGUGACUGCCGUCAGCGACCACACCCUCAAGGUGUGGAACGCCCACAACGGUCAGCUGCAGAGGGUGCUGACCGGCCACACGGACGACUUCUUCGUGCUGGAAUGCCACCCCUACGACAGGGGCAUCAUGAUGUCGGCCGGCCACGACGGUCAGGUGUUCAUCUGGGACAUAUUCAAGGGGGAAAUCAUCACCAGGUUCAUAAACUCGAUAGAGGGUCAGGGCGUGGGCGCUAUUUAUGACGGCAAGUGGUCCCCAGACGGCACGAUGAUUGCUCUAUCCGACUCUCAUGGUCGCUUGAUCACCUUCGGAUUCGGACCUGGCAGUAAGACCUUGCAAAAGCUACCAACAGAACUCUUCUUCCACACAGACUAUCGUCCGUUAAUUAGAGAUUCCGAUCAGAAUGUUCUGGACGAACAGACUCAAGUAGCUCCGCAUCUGAUGCCACCACCUUUCUUGGUUGACAUUGACGGCAACCCUUAUCCGCCAAAUUUACAGAAGUUGGUGCCUGGCAGGGAAAACUGUGAUAGCGAACAGCUAGUCCCCAAUAUCGUUCUGUCAGUAGAAGGUGGUCAAGAAGUCCUUCAAGCUAUACCAGAGGACGUAUCAGCACCGGGUAGAGUAUUCGCUCAUACUGUAGAUAAUGGUAGGGCUCUUCACGUCAGAAAUAAUAAUAGAAGAAGUAGAGAUGGCGAAGGUCUUCGUCAGAGCAGUGGGGAGUGGCAACGUGAAAGUUGUAAAAAUUGGAGGGAUGUAUGUCUGAUCCCACCACUGAAACGGUCGGUCCUACUGAAGGCUCAAAGAGAUAUUGAGAAUAUUUCGCAAGCGGAAGUAGACGAGUAUCAUAAACAGCUGUGCUCUAGGCCGCACAUGAUCAAUACUUCUCUCCACAAUAGCGCAGCUAAAACGAACGAAGUUAAGAACACCAAGAGAAUUAUAAAGAAAACGCGGGUUAUCCCAGUUAUCACCUAUCAUCCAGAGACAUCAGAGGAAGAAGACGACUUGGACUACGAAGACUCUUCCGAAUAUUCCGAUUGGGUUCUGGAUGAGGGUGUCCAUCUGGAGCCGCCGAAACGUUCCAAGAGGCGGCAGGUCACUCACAGGUUCACCGAGGAAUCGGAGGACGACGAGGAGGAGGAGGUCCAGAGGCCUCAGACGGAGAGGAAGAGGGCGGCACCCCCUAGACCGGACGAACCGUCGACCUCCAGGGCGGCCGCAGAAAGUUCGGCGACUCCACCGCCAGCGCCUGCCAAAAAAUCGAACAAAGUUUCAAAGCCGCACGAGGUGCCUGAGAAAUAUAAGCCUAGCGAGUGGUUGUCGGAGACGAAACCGAGGAAAUCCCCGUAUUUUCCGCAGAUGGGGGACGUGCUGGUCUAUUUUGUGUACGGGCAUCAGUUGUACGUCGAUGCCGUUGUAACCAAAGAAAUUUACCCGAUUAACGUCAAGGAUUUGCCUUGGAAUAAGAUGCCUUUGAAGGAGUACGAAUUUGUGAAAAUAGUCGGUAUAAGGUACGAGAUCAAACCGCCGAGAGUUUGCUGCUUGAAGCUGGCGCUGUUGGACGCCGACGGGAAGGUGUCCGGGAGAUAUAUGACUGUUAAAUACCACGAUGUACCUGACGUUUUAGAUUUUUUCGUUCUCAAACAGUCCUACGAUAUUGCGGUGUCCAGAAAUUGGUCGGUUGGAGAUAAAUUUCGUUGUAUGAUAUACGAUGAAUGGUGGAUAGGGGAAAUAAUAUCGUCCUCCUUGGAAGAACAGCCAGAUUCUCCAUUUUUAUGUUACGAAAUAAAAUGGGACAACGGUGAGACGGAAAGGAUGAGUCCCUGGGAUUUGGAACCUGUAGACGAAAACAGGAUUCCAAAUCACCCCUCGGAGGCCGUUCCGGUGCUGGAAGAAGAGCUGAAGGCCAUAUUGUAUAAAUCCACACCCGAGGAUUGGAACAACACAGACGUAACUCUAGCCAACCAGAACAUAUUGGAGGGUUUAUCGAGGAUAAUGGAACUCGCCAUCGCCGAACCCUUCCUGGCGCCCGUGGACCUCAACAUUUACCCCUCCUACUCCUUCAUCAUCGAGUAUCCCAUCGAUUUAUCCACCAUAAGAUCCAGAUUCGAGUACAACUUCUACCGAAGAAUCACCGCAGCUCAAUUCGACAUAAGGUACUUGGCGUCCAACGCCGAGAAGUUCAAUGAGAAGCAUACGGUCAUCGUCAAAAAUGCGAGGAUACUGACGGAUCUCUGCCUCAAAGUGGUGAAGCAAUGUCACAUGAUCGUGGAUGUAUCGGAGAUGUAUAGAUCGAUGGUCGAGUCUUACAUCUCUUCCGAUAACGAAGUGGACGUUCUCAAUCUGCCGUCUACUUCUAGCGGUAGGCCGUCAAGGGCUAGAACGAGGGGAGCAGUGAACAACGUAGAGUGGAAGGCGGAUGCUCUUGCCUUUAUUAAUCAAAUUUGGGAUUCUCCAGAUUCCCUGCCUUUCAAACAACCUGUCAAUAAGUUCAGAUAUCCAGAUUAUUACGUCAUAAUCGAACAUCCGAUGGAUCUGAGCAAGGUGCGCGAAAAACUCGAGAAUGACGACUACGAGACUCCCUACGAUUUCAGCGACGACAUGAAGCUUAUAUUCUCGAACUCGAAAACUUACAAUACAAAUCCGAAAUCCAAGAUCUACUUAAUGACCGCCCGUCUGUCAUCCGCCUUCGACGAGUACCACAAGAAGGUCCUGGAGAAGUGCAACCAAGUCAGGCGGAAACAGGGAUACCUGAACGAGGCGCCGAGCGAGAGUUCGAGAUCCACCGACGAUUCGCAACCCGCCUGGAGGUCCUCCAGAGCGCCGAGGGACCCGCUGAGGCUGGACGACGAGGACUCCAUGUCCACCUCGUCCAACGACGAGACCAGCGACGACGACGACGAAGACAGCGACGAUUCCAUGCCGCUGAAUCACGUGGCCUCGAACCUGGCGUCGAAAUCGUCGCGGACGCGUUCGUCGCGCGGCAAAAAGUGCAAGACGCACGCGCGGACCCAGUUCACCGACUCGGACGAAAGUUUCAAGGUCGCCGCGAACUCAUCCAAGCCGCCCGAGACGAGCAGCAAUGAUUCCGUCACGUCGAGAUUGACGGAUAACGACAGUUCGGACAGUGACGACGAACCGAUAUCGACGUAUUGCAGGAGGCCAAAGAGGACGGUUAAAGCGCCGAAGUACGCGGAUUUGAACAGUUCGGACAGUGAGGCGGCCGCGGUGCUCAACCUGAACAGGAGCCAGCGGCUGAACCGUAAAAAACCACUUAAGUACGUGUCGGCGUCGGAAAGCGAGGAGGAGGACGACAGGAGGAAGAGACAGAAGAGCAACGGAGAAGAAGCGAGGUUCUUGACGACGAUCAGCAGUAGAGGGAGGAUCAGGAAGUUGACGCCUAGGGCGCAAGCUCUCAUGAAGAAAUAGUGUUCGUUUUAUCGAAGGAGUAGAGAAUUUCCUUGGUUCGAUUCCGGUUCCGUUCCGAAUUGAAAUAGGUUGAUUUUAUAAUUUGUACAUAGGUCGAAAAGGGUAAUCGAGAAUUUGUUGUUGAGUAUUUUUAAACUGAUCUUAUUGUUACGUGUAUUAUAGUAUUCCAUUAUUUAUUUAGGCAGUUUCGUAGUGAAAACGUCGACCAAUCGAUCGAGUAACCUCGGUUUUAUUUAUUUUGCGAGGGGUUACGUCGUGUUCCACCAAUUUUUUUGAUGCGUGUAUUAACACUGCCAAAAAAAAAACGUGAAAACUGGCCGGAAAUCUUAUAUUUUCAGUAUUUGCGAAGUAAUUCUGAAAUAAACGAAUAAGAACUGCUUUCGACCGUAAGCACUUAUUGAAAUUUACUCAAUUGAUUAACAACGACGACAAAUAUUGUGGAAUUUUACAUAUCCUGUAUCAUUCGUAAAUAAUUGUAAAUAUUUCUUCAAAUGAGGAUUUUUUUAUGGAAAUUCUCUAUUUUUUCACGUCCCCCGAAACAAUUGAAGACUUUGUUGCUAAAACUGCCAUUUUAGAACAUGUAGAUAAGUUUAAGCCAAAAAUAAAGUAAUUUUUCUAUA